CCCCAGCUUUCUCAGAAUGCUCCAUCGCGCAUGCGCGAUAUCAUACAAGGCUUGGCCACCGUCAUCACGAAUUCCUGUCCAAAGGUUCAUCGAUAAACAAUCAUGGCGUCAAGAUCAAAAACAAAGAAGGGAAAGAAGAGGGCUCAGCGUGCGACGUCCAAUGUCUUUGCUAUGUUUGACCAAGCACAGAUCCAGGAAUUCAAAGAAGCUUUUAAUAUGAUAGAUCAAAACAGAGAUGGAUUCAUUGAUAAAGAGGAUCUGCAUGAUAUGCUGGCCUCUCUGGGUAAGGACCCAACUGAUAAAUACCUUGAAGACAUGAUGAAAGAAGCUCCAGGACCAAUCAACUUUACUAUGUUCCUCACACUCUUUGGAGAGAAACUCAAUGGUACUGAUCCUGAAGAAGUCAUUGUUAAUGCAUUUGCUUGCUUUGACCCUGAUGCAACUGGUUUCAUCCCAGACACCUAUCUUCGUGAGCUCUUGAUGACUAUGGGGGAUCGUUUCACUGAGGAUGAAGUAGAUGAAGUGUUCGUUGGAUGGGAUAGCAAGGAUAGUAAGUUCAACUAUCGCGAGUUCAGUCGUGUCCUCAAACACGGAACCAAGGAACCUGACGAUGACCCAAGACCUUGAACACACCUCGCUUCAUCUGCACUUUUAAAAUAAAAACAUGGGGAACAGGGGGAAAGUACGGUAUUUGUCCACCAUGGAGACUUCAACUUUCUGUUAAACAGAAAUCUGUGUAGUUGCUUCCAUCUCAAUAUUCCAAAGAAAGGACAAUGGUAGCCAUUUAACUUGGGACUUUUCUAAUAUUUUUACUGUCAUUCGUAGAUGAUUGAUUCUUGGGGGGGUAAUAUAUAUUUCAGUUUUAUUUCAUGUAUUUAUUCCUGGAAUAGGUGAUAUAGUUUAAGUCUUAAAUCAAAAUUUCACAAAAUAUUUUGAGCAGAGGGAAUACUAGAUACAGGAUGUUAGAUUAGACAUAAUUUUUGUCCAUGCUUCAUCAUUCAAAUAACUGGGGGGUAUGUUUGAAAUAUAUUCACUAUUGGAGCUCAGAGAGUAGAUGUUUCUCCUAUGCAAUAGUAGAUUGAUGUGAGUCAAUGAGCCUUCUGCCUUGCAAAGAAAGAAUUUUGAAAGCAUGAUUGUCCUUCCCAAGUUUCACACUCUUAAUUCAUUUUCACUAAUCUACAUGUGGUAUUUCUGAAAAGCAAAUCGUUAGACGAAAACUGCCUGUAGAGCAAAAGAAAUUGUGUAAGAACAAUCUUUUCUUUUCUCAUGUCAGAUGGGCUGCUCUAAAUUUCUUGCUUCAUUUAUAUGAAACAGAAUGCCAUAAUAACAGUGGAUUUCCUUAUUGAACCUUACGCAAAGGCAGCAUUUACCUUGCCUGGGUGAACUUUACUUAAAUAAAAUAAAGGUCUUGGCCUGCAUCCUACAAACCUUGAUAAUACUAGGUGCCAUAUCACUAUGUACUGUUUCCAAUGUAUUAUAGCAGACUAGUAUGAUCAGGCUUUUUGGAGUAUGGGAUAUACAUGUAGUUAUGAAUACCAGUUCAAAUCCAUAAAUAAUUAUGUGAAUUUAUGAACAGGGUAAUUCUAAAUUUUGAUGUUUAUCUAUUUUUGUUUAUUUUUCAUUGUUUUUUUUCUGAUUAUGAUUAAUAAUCAAACGAGUUGGCAUUUCAAACUUGACUUAUUUCUUUACCUUAAUAUCAAAUUGUUGGACACUCUUGUAAUUGCUGAUACAGGUGGUUUUGGACUUAUAAAGGAAUUUAUUGUAGGAUUUUAUUAUAAUUGAUUUAAAAAAAGAAUAUAUAUAGUUAUGUUUUCUCCAAUCCUUGCAUUAUGUAUUGUUUAGAUCUAUAGAGACAUACAAAGCUUCCAAUAUAUGAUUAGAUUUUGAACAAGGUUCAAAUUGAUAUGAAUGUUAUGUUCAUUAUAGUUCUUUUGUAUUUGUUUUAUACCUACCAUUCGCUGUGGAUUUGCUUCUGGUUUGAUCAAUAUUUACAAUUUAUAGUUAUAAGUUAACAGUUGAGUAAAUCGCUUUGACCCAUUUGUAUUUAGAGUAUACAUUUAUAGCUUGAAUACAGAAGAAUAGAAAGUCAUUUUGUAUUUUUAUCUGGUGUGCAUAUGCGUUACAAUUAUUGGAAUAAAAUAAGUUUUGAUGUGCUCAUUGUAUAAUGUUUGAAAACUCUAGGUGUUGGGUUACAGGUAAACCAUCCCAUGAUUCCGGCAAAACUAUGUGACGCUAAUAGUAAAGCUUAUUAUAAUUUCAUGAGGGUCACUUGCUUUAUAUUCUAUGCAUUGGUGCUUCUUGUAAAUGUAUGUAUGUAUUACAUAGCUGAAUUGAACAUACCUCCACACCAUUAUAAACUAAUGUUGACAGACAACAAUACAUGUAUAAGUUCAAAUAUUCAAAUUCAAUUGCAUUGUAAACAAAAUUCAGCAAUAUUAUCUUCCACAUUGAGCUUUUGUUGUGCAUUUAUCACAUACAUCAAAUCAUCCGUCUUUUUCUUCAAAAUAAAUUGUUAGUUUACAUGUAAACAACCAGCACUCAACUUUCUAAUUGAAAGGAAAAAUAAAUCAUACUGAGAAAGCUGUUAUAUCACUGCAGUUUGACCUUUGACAUGUAUGAUUUUGUCAAAAGUAAUUGCUGUAGGGUCUACUGAUAUGUUAUCACUACCCCGUGCAACCCAUUUUAACACACAUGCAAAGUCAGAGUUGCAUACACUAGUUGGUGUAGUUGACAACAAUGUAUGUUAAGUUUAAUAAAAACAAAUAAAACGGUAUGUAUGCAUUGUAUAAUCAGUACCCCAUAUAAAUGAGAUCUUAAAAGCAUUCCCUUUGCAGUAUACUAUUCCAAUCUUUAUCAUUCCCUGUUCAUAACACAAUCCAUUUUAUAAUUUCAUGUUUAAUAGAGGUUUGCCCAUGAUUUUGAUAAACUGUUCAAUCCUCAUCUUGUAAGCUGGAGUAUAAUAUGGAACAUUCCUUGGCCAGCUGAAAGAUGCUUAUUGCUCAAAUCUUGACGCUGUAUGACAUGACACGAUACAUGAAUAUAUAAAAUGGAUUUUCCUGAUACAUUCUGAUAUAUGUAUUCCAAAGAUCUGGUUUAGUUCUCUUUCAAGUAUUACAUUAUUUAAUAUUCUUACAUUUUUUCCAUAAAAGAAUCAUAAUUAUUUUUAUUAAGAUGAUCCACUGGGAUCUUGUAAUCACAAAUGUUGUGAUUUAAUUGCUUGAUAUGUCAUAGCUAGAUAGUAGAUACUGUAUAUCAUUGCAUUAAUAUUUUCAAUUAAUAAAUUAUAAUGAUUAACAUUA